AUCUCCACAUGGUUCCGGUUGUGUGUGUGUGUUGCUACAGAUUGAUUACUUGAAGUACUUAGAGAGACAGUUAGAGAGACAGUUAAUUAGAGGGGCUAUAACAGCUGGUAAGGCAACAUGAUGGAAGUAGUUGAUCCUGUAGGAAAUGUUAAUGAGGAGGGUGGUGAAUUGAACAGCAAUACUAUAAGUACUAAUCUCUCAUCAUCUCAUAUUCCUACACCAGACGUUGUGGAUAAAACAGCCUCAGCAAGUGUUGAUAACCAGGAUUUGGUAGGGGAUGUAGAACAAAAUGCAGACAAUGGAGCUGCUAUGGAAAAUGAAGUGAAAUCAGCCAUAGACAUGCAAACCUGCAUAGAAAAGGGAGAACCAGGCAUCAAAAAAGGAGGGGAAAAGGAGACAACAGAGAAUGAAAACAAAAUAUCUGAGUCAUUAAAAACGGACAUAUUGAUAGAAGGAAGGAAGUCCCCAAUGAAUGAAGGUAUAACAAAUGGAGAAGAAAACUUAAAAACCACUGAGAAUGAAACUAAAAAUUGUCAAAUGUUAGAUAUGGAUGCAAGCUGUUGAAACAGGGAUGUCUUCAACAAAUGGUACAACAAACACAGUAGAAAACUUGGAAUCUUCUAGAAUUGAAAACAAAAAUUCAGAGAUAUCAGGAGUGGAAACUUUGAAUGUUAAUGGACAAAAUAGCAAAAAGACCACCUCUGCAGGUCACACAGCUGAUGAAUUACAGAAAAAAGGGACAGAAUAUAGAGAACAGGAAAGUUCUGACAGUGACUCUGACAGCAGUAGUAGUAGUUCUAGCAGCAGCAGUGAGGAUGAAGAGGAAGCUGUUACUGCAUCUCAACCCGAAAGACCAAAUACUGCAGCAGGCAAGGCAUCCAACAAAUUUAUGUUUGAAGAUAUUAAAACCGAAGGAGAAAUUGGUCUUGAUAGUCUUCCACCUAUAGAGGAGUUGUCCUUGGAUAUUGAGGAAGGGUUGGAAAUGGUGCCAGUGGGAACAGUGUCCAGCGUACUUGGGGUACUUGCAAUCAUUCAGUCUGCGGUCGGAGUGCCCCCUCUCAAUGAUGAUACCAUUUUAUUCACUGAAGGACCAAAGGUUUUCGGCAGGGUAUUUGAAGUUUUUGGUCCAGUGAGUACUCCGUGGUAUUCUGUGAGAUUUAAUUCAAAUAAGGAUAUAGAAGCAAAAGGAAUUAAAACUGGAAUGAAGGUCUUCUACGCACCAACAAAGGACGAUUACACUAAAUACGUGUUUGUCACUUUUCUGAAAAGUCUGAAAGGAUCAGACGCCUCAUGGAAAGAUGACAAUGAACCCCCAGAAAAGUAUAUGGAGUAUUCUGAUGAUGAGGAAGAGAGGGCGUCAAAGUCCAAGUCGAGAGCUAAAGAUCGAUCCAAACAGAAAGACGAGGCUGACGGAAAUGAAGGGGAUCAGUUACCAGGGGCUAAGAUCAGAAGGACGUCCACAAGGGGAACAGGUCGACCACAGAAAUUCUGGAAAGAUACUGAGCAGUAUGGACAAACUGACAAAACCCAUAAUGGCUGGAAUAAUGGAGGUGAUUCUUACAAUAGUGGAGGCCCACAGUGUAGUUAUGGUAACCAGCAAGGAAGAGGAGGAGGACCUAGAUACGCUAGUCGGCCUUAUAGCAGAGGAGGCGCUGCACCACCCCAACACUUCCACUACCCUAGACCUAGGGCUCAGGGACCUUUUGGCAGGCCAGCUGUUUUCCAGUCUGAGCCAACAUACAACAUGAAACCAGGCCCUGGCCAGUUUUACCAGGACAAUAGUGGAAUUAUCUCCCCUGGUAGAUUCGGUUCUCCAGGCACACAGAUGGGGCAAAAUCCACAUGCGGGAAAUACAACCUUUGGGUCAAAUUUUACAAACAGUGCCAAUGAAUGGAGCAGCGCAGAGGGCUACAAACCAUUUCCUUUACCCAGACAGCCUGUUACAGACCACAGACUUGUUAUGAAUCAAGACAGUCAAAUACAGAGCUUCUCAACUCCUCCACCAACCCACCAAAAUAGUUACAACCAAAAUGGCGGGUUCGACAUAAAUCAGUCACGUUUUCCACCCUCACCACAAUCUACACAACACAUCACUUUUCAGUCUCCUCCCCCAGCUUUGAAUACUAAUCCAAGCCAAUUCAAUAUGCCACCUCCAUUUUUACCUUCCUCCAAUAAUACAAAGAGCAAUAACAGUUUCAUGCACAAUCCUGCACUUCCUCCGCCACCCCUUCACCCACUACCAAUGGCUAAUCAGCAGAUGGCACGGCCACCCUACCCCCAGCAUCCACCAGUGUUCGGAGGUCAGCCCCACUUUACCCAGGGGCCAAAUGGGAGACAAUAGGUAGCACCAAUCCACAUUAAACAUUUAAUACCUUUAACUUUGACUGAUCACAAAAUGUUUAUCACUUAUAGAUCAAGGGUCAAGAUGUGUCUGUCUGAAAGAUCAAAGGAUCCAGCAUUGUCUGUCUGAAAGAUCAAAGGGACCAGCCUGGUCUAUCUGAAAGAUCAAAGGGUCUAGCAUUGUCUGUCUGAAAGAUCAAAGGGUCUAGCAUUGUCUGUCUGAAAGACCAAAAGGGUCAAGCAAUGUCUGUCUGAAAGAUCAAGUGGUCAAGUAUUGUAUGUCUGAAAGAUCAAUGGGUCCAGCAGUGUCUGUCUGUACCAAUGUUAUGUUAAUUAUUUAUGCAAAGAAAUUUUUUUUUGUAUUAUUGAUUAGAAUAUUGACAGAUAAAAAUUCUUUUUAUUAAUACACUUGUUUGUUGUCUAAAUUAAGUCCAGAUGCAUGGUUUAUUGGGAAAUAAUUCUGUUCCAAUCUGGAUCGUUUCAUUUAUGAAAGCAGCUGUAUGUUGGAUGAGCCCAUUCUAAAUCUGAUUUUCACAGAAGAAACAUCAUCCAAAUGUUAUUAAACUAUGUUGUUUUGUAAUAUUAUAAUAUGUAUGUUUUAGUUUCACAUUUCUAAAUCUAUAUAACUGCUGGUUGUUCUAUCACACAGACCUACAUAUGACUUUGGCUCAAGCCAGAUAUUUUUAGUCAGUAAAAUUGUUAACAGUUGUAUUGUGGAUAGUGGUCCAUGUCUGGUACAUAAAUGUUUACAUUUUGUUUUAUUUACGUGUAACUAUGUUAUAAUCAUCAAUAAAAACUUACACUAGAA